AUGACCGAUACACGAACACUGUCAUCAUCAUCUUCAACAACAAAUCAUGUUAAUGGUACAAAUACAGUAUCAUCAUUACCUUCUGAUCUAAAUAAUAUUAAUGAUUUAACAGCUUAUGUUAAUACAAUUUUUCGUCAAAUGGAAGAAAGAUUUCUUGCUGCAAGUGAUCAAGUUAUGAAUCGUAUGAAUGAAUUAGGUAGAAAAAUUGAUACACUUGAAUCAAAUCUUGGUGAUAUUAUUUCACAUUUACCAUCGGAAGAAUCAACAACAACAGGAUCAUCACAAUCAAUAACAGGAACAACAAUACAACAAUAA